CAGUCGGGACCCGUAGGGAGAGGCGGGGAUCGGGCGACAGUGGCGGCGGCUGUGUCGAAGCUGCACGGCGGUGGCGGACGCGAGUGGCCCUGCAGCGGCUCGCUCAGGCCGUGAGUCGUCGCUGCAGCCGCUGAGAAAGGAGGAAGCGACUACGCAGCGGGCGAACUUGGCAGAGCUGGGAGGAGAUUCUGGAGACAGCCUCCUUUCUCGAAUUUCUCUCGGCCCUUGUCAUUUUAUUCGUAGCCUGAAGUGAGUGAGAGCUUUUUGGUAAAGCCACUCACUGAGUUGAGAUGCAUGGUCAUGGAGGCUAUGACUCUGAUUUUAGUGAUGAUGAACACUGCGGAGAAUCUAACAAAAGGAAAAAAAGGACAGUUGAAGACGAUUUACUGCUCAAAAAGCCAUUUCAGAAAGAAAAACAUGGAAAGGUGGCCCAUAAACAAAUUGCAGCAGAAUUGCUGGAUAGGGAAGAAGCAAGAAAUAGAAGGUUUCAUCUCAUAGCUAUGGAUGCUUAUCAAAGGCAUACAAAGUUUGUAAAUGACUAUAUUUUGUACUAUGGUGGCAAAAGAGAAGAUUUCAGGCGAUUGGGGGAAAAGGACAAGACAGACAUGGAUGUUAUACGAGAAAAUCAUAGAUUCCUAUGGAAUGAGGAGGAUGAAAUGGACAUGAAUUGGGAGAAGAGAGUUGCAAAGAAAUACUAUGAUAAAUUAUUCAAGGAAUACUGCAUAGGAGAUCUCAGUAGAUACAAAGAAAAUAAGUUUGGAUUUAGGUGGCGAGUAGAAAAUGAAGUAAUUUCAGGAAAAGGCCAGUUUUCCUGUGGAAAUAAAUAUUGUGAUGAAAAAGAAGGCUUAAAGAGUUGGGAAGUUAAUUUUGGCUAUAUUGAACAUGGUGAAAAGAGAAAUGCACUUGUUAAAUUAAGAGAAAAGAAGUCAAGGCAAAAAAAAGAAAGGAAAAAAUCAAAAAAGGCUGUGAAGAGUCAUCCCAUAAAAAAUCCAGAUUAUCUUCUGCAGAAGAGACCUCUAAGAAAAAGGAUAAAGGACAUUCAUCCUCAAAGAAAUCAGAAAACUCUGCAAACAGAAGCUCUGAUGAGGAAGAAAGUACUUCAGAAUCUGAACUUUGGAAAGGCCCACUACCAGAGACUGAUGAAAAAUCACAGGAAGACGAAUUUGAUGAAUAUUUUCAAGAUUUAUUUUUGUGACAUGGAAGAGAGGAGCCUGUAUUCCUUAAUGCGAAAGUCCACUUUGAAACUUCAGAAAGUUUUAUCUACAAGUUGCAGCUUGAGUGGUUUGUCUUUGGAAAUAAAAAUCCAGCUACUCUCAAGAUAUCAGAUGCUUUGGAAAUUGGUUGGUUCUGUUGACAACACUUUUCUCCAUCCUUUAUGAAUCUCUUUAGUGGCUUAUCUGCAACUCUGUUCCAUCGGUAGCUCCUAGAGGAUGGAGCAAGCCACUGUAGAGAUUUCGUUGUUCCUUUAUUUUGUAGGGCUUUUUUUCACUGAUUCAUAUUUAUUUUCCUUUGCCUCAGUUAGUUAAAAUGAUAGCGAUUGUUGGAGUCUGACAAAAAUUAUAAAGUAAAUUAAGUAUAUCUUCAGCGUCUUUCUUUUCAUACACUGGCACCCCUCUUUGGAGCACCUGUCUUCCCAUUACCACCUCUUUCUAGCUGCUUUUUUUUUUUUUCUUUCUGUUGCUUUGCUUUCUUCUCACCUCUACCACUUAAGGGAGUUUGUUAUAAUUAAAUUUGAAUUUCCAGUGUGUGGGUAAUCUAUUAUAAAGUAAAUUAAUGCCACAGGGAACCAAAUGAGGUCCCAGUAGUCUAACAGGAGGAUGUGUUCACAAAAGUUGACUCCAGCAGAGCUUACGCAGUAAGAGAAUUUAUCUGAAUAAUACUGUGUGCAUAGAACUUGUCUCAGAUACAGUCAUGCAAAUAUGGAUAUACUUACAUGCGGGGAUAUAUUGUAAAAGACGACUUCUUCACUCAGAAUCCAUACCACCAGGAGUCAUUGCUGUGCUUCAGGAGGCCUAAGCACUCCUAGAAUCUGUGUACAUUUCUGUGUGUGUGUUUUUUGGGGAGAGGGGUCAUAGUUUUCAUCAAAAUUUCAAAAGAAUUUAUUGAUACUUUUUAAAAAAAUGUAAAGACUCACAUUUAUAAAGAUCACAGAGGUGGAUGGAGGAGAUACACAAUUUGAUGAAUAAGAGAGAGGACGUGUGGAAGAUGAUAGCAUUCCGAUUAUUUUGAAGGUAUACUUUUUAAUGACAAGUGUGGGAUGAUUGGCAUUAAAUUGCAAAAUAAGUAAUUUAGUGUCUUAUUUUUAAAUGGUUAGUAUCAGAUUUUUUUAUUAAAUAGUUGUUAUUUAUUAAUUCAGUAGAUAUUUUUCAGACUUCUGUUAUGUGUGAGGCAUUGUGUUGGACAGUGCUACAAAGGAACUAUCUAGGAAAUAAUUAUGCAGUCUUUCUAAACUAUCAGAAAACAGUAAGUCAGUGUUGGUUUAUUAAUGUUAAACAUUGUUUGAAAGUCCCCUCAUGUCUUAAAUAAAUUGUGUCUUUUUUUUAUCCAAUUA